AUGGAGACAUUCAGGUCUCUUUUUGCCAAGCCUGAUCCUCAGGCCCAGAUGCGCAAGUGCAAUGCCUUGAUGCGCCAAAACAUCCGCAAGAUCGAUCGAGACAUUGCUACAGUCAAGCAAGUCGAAGCCAAGACCAGGAACCUCAUCAUCCAGGCCGACCGUCGAGGCCAGCGCGAUCCAUCCCGCGCCAAGCAGGCCCAGCAGGAGGUCCGGGACUUUGCGCGCGAGCUCGUCCGGGCGCGCAAGACGUCGGCGCGGCUCGUCACGUCCAAGGCGCAGCUCAACUCUGUGCAGAUGCAGGUCAACGAGGCGUUUGCGGUGCGCAAGAUUGAGGGCUCUAUCCGGGCAAGCGUGGGCAUCAUGAAGGACGUCAACACGCUGAUCCGACUUCCGGAGCUGGCGGGCACCAUGCAGGAGCUGAGCGUGGAGCUGAUGAAGGCGGGAAUUAUCGAGGAGAUGGUGGAGGACUCGCUGCCCGCCGAUGGAGAUAUGCUGAUGGAAGACGAGGAGGCUGAGGGAGAAGUGGACAAGGUGCUGGGUGAGAUCCUCAAGGACCGCGAGCCCAAGCUGCCCGUGGCGCCUGUGCCAGAGCCGCAGAAGCCCCAGGAAGAGGAGGAGGAAGAGGAGGACGCCGAGGCUAUGAUGGACCAGAUGCGCAACCGAUUAGAGGCUCUGCGGAGCUGA